CACAAGGAAGCGCUUCGCAGUUCGCACGCGGCCACGCUGUCACACGGUUGUCAUCGCGGAAUAUCCUCCUUCCCAGGGUGAACCGUUCCUUCUUCCAAGAGGGUAUCAAGGUCAACCGGCGCGGCGGUGUGGUGACAUCUGAGUCGGUUCUUGGUGAACCGUGGUCGCGCGCCGUUGACAGAUCAUCCUCUGCGUCCCGAAGGUUUGCACGCCCGUCACGAGGAUAACAUCGUUUACUCUAUAAUUCACCAUGAUGUGGGCAAUGCUGCUCACAGGGCUUGUUCUACUGUCAGGAGUACUGCCCAACGAGAAAUUGUUCGUCGAAUCGACGCCAUUGCGAAAUCCUAUUAGCAUCGAUUAUUCGAAUAUAUUCGGCCAUCGUUCCUCGGGGCCUGGUGUUUCACAAAACUUCGAGGAUAUUCAAAACCGGUGGAAACGUAGUAUAGACUUGAACGAUGUCUACUACUCGAAGAUGCGUCGAUACAGAUUACCAAACGAAGUUACAGCGACCAGUUAUCACUUGGAUAUCAAGAUACCCUUUAUCGAGAGCAAUGUAUUUAACGGUCGCGUUAAGAUCAAUCUCACCUGGUCAGACACGAGCGAUAGAAUAACUUUAAACGCUGAUGAAAAGCUUGAGAUUUCGCGUGUCAGCAUCAGAAUGAUUCGACUGCCACCCGAUGAAGCAGAGAAGGGUGCGCCAAUGGACGUCAAUAUCGCAAGGACGGAGCAUCAAAAACCGAAAUCCUGGUACAUCAUUCAUUUAGAGCAAAUGUUGAAGAAUGGAAGUGCCUGCGAAGUCGACAUCACAUACGUGGGACAACUCAAGGAAAAUGAAACUACUGGUCUUUAUAAAAGCACGUAUAUGGAUUCUGAAGGCCGAAACCACCCCUUCGUCGCCACUUAUUUACAAUUAGAUAACGCGCAGAAAAUGUUCCCUUGCAUGGAUGAACCACCCUACAAAGCAACUUUUAAAUUGAAAGUGUUGUAUCCUAAGAACUUCAAGGCUUGCACAAAUACACCGUCAAUUUUCCGAAGUGAUGUAACCAACAAACCGAUCGAGGAAGAAUUUGAAGAGACACCGAGAAUGUCGACGAAUCAACUGGCCCUCGUGAUAUCGGAUCUACAGGACAUUGAACCCGUAAUGGAAGUAAAUGAAAUGGACGGACGGAAAUUGAAAGUGAAAGUUUGGGGUCGCAAGGAGUUCAUGGAGUCGUUGGUUAAGGUUCCCAAUAAAGUCGUAGACAUCAUUAAUUAUUUGCAAAAAUAUUUCAAUAGCUCCCUCGGUUUACCAAAAUUGGACGUAAUGGCGAUUCCCAUGUAUAGCACUUCUAAAGCUUCUGACGAUUGGGGUCUCAUGUUCUUCAAGGAAAGUGAACUCAGCAGUCCUCUAGUGUGGACCACUGCCUACGAACUUCUCUAUCAAUGGAUUGGUCAAUCCGUUACUCCGUAUCGUAAAAAUGAUGCGCCAGUUAACAAAGCUCUUAAUUCGUUCUUAGCAUCUAUGACGACACUUGAUCUCAAUCCGGACGAAAUGGAAGGAAAAUGGCCAAUGACAGUGUUAUAUUCUUUGUAUUAUGAAUUUGCGCAGACGGCGCCUUUCUCUAGAGUAGCCGGAAUUAGACACGAAGCAACAUGGACAAAAGCCGAGUUGGUUUUCCGAAUGUUUAAUUACACUCUUGGUCACGAACUGUUCCAAAAGAGCGUGAGAAAUUUCUUCCAUCAGCAGUCGAAAGAAGACCGCAGAACCUUCUUCGCCAAUGACAUCUUCACCUAUCUGAACGACGUGGCGAACGAAACGAACAAUCUGCCGCCAGGUUUGACCAUCAACGGCAUCGCCGCGUCAUGGAUCAACCGGGACAGAGUGCCGUUGGUCACGGUCAUUCGCGAUUACGAAACUAGAAAAAUUAAUCUCAGUCAGAAAGUCUAUCUGAGAGAUAUACCGCCACAAUCGACAGCAAAAGUAUCGUAUCAGUGGGACAUCCCAAUUGUGAUGCAGGCUGAGAAUAAUCUGAAUUUCCAUAAUACUACACCGACCGUGUGGUUGAGAAAGGAAAACGAGCCGAAGAAUUCAACUAUCACGGACAUCACCAGCAAAGAAAAUUUCAUCAUUGUCAAUCCCGAAGAGAUAGGAAUGUUUCCGGUAAACUAUGACACCUGCAACUGGAAGAUGUUGUCGCAUUAUCUGCAAGGACCAGACCGGGAGAAGAUACCCCCCUUAACGAGAGCAAAGCUGUUACACGACGCCUGGAACUUGGCGUACGCCGGCGAAUUGUGCUUUGGCAUUGCCAUGAACAUGACUCUCUUCCUGAAGGAGGAAAAGAGCCAUGUGGUUUGGGAACCGGUGUUCACGAUGAUUCACCACGUCGGUCGGCGGAUCGAGGGAUUGGAUGUGUAUUUGAAAUUCGAGGCUUACAUUCGAAGCUUACUGAAGCCUCUCUACUUGGAACUUGGCGAUAAUCCACAACCUGACGAACCCUCUUGGAAAACUCACAUGCGUGGUCUUAUAAAGAACUUCCUAUGUCGAGCUGGAUACGAACCUUGCGUUAAGGAAGCUAGGGAUCAAUACAAGAAAUGGUUGACCGAUGAGGAACCGGACAAAGGAAAUCCGGUCGCGAAUAAAUUCCUGUGCCCGGUGUUUAAAUGGGGCACCAACGAGGAAUGGGAGUUCGGAUUGCAACGCGUCAUAAAUUUCCCGAAGACCAGCUUGGCGAGGAAGCAGAACGAGCGCACCUACUUACUAAAGACUCUUGCCGGAUGUCCGAAGGAUGCGAAUAAGAUCGAAAGGUUGUUGCAAGUGGCCGUGAUAAAUCAAAAUGAGAACUUCACGGACGCGGACAUCCACUUGAUCUUUAGCAUGUUAACCGGCAGCGCGACCGGCUAUAAGACCCUGUUCAACUUCCUGAACGAGCAUUGGUACACCGUGAAGGAACGAUUCGAGAACAAGACUUAUCUCUGGGACGGUAUCGUCAACUUCGCGACGUCGUCCUUCAACACGCAGGAGGGCUACGACAGGGUGAGCCAGCUCUACAUGGACCAUCAGAAUGAAUUCGAGUCGGCGGACGCCAUCAUCAAGAAGGCGCUCAGGAUCAUCAAGCAGGAGACCAAGUGGAAUGAGGAAAAUGUGCCGGUGAUCGACAGUUGGCUCACGACGAAUCUGUCCAAGGAAGACUUGGAGACAAUCGCGGCCUCGACGACGUCUACCUCCACCCUCUCCACGACCGUACCUACAACAGCAGGUUAAUCAGCUAGGCGAAAAGUUGGAAUUUUAAUAUUUAUAAUCCGUGUAGUCUCCAUCUUUUUUUCGGCUGUACCGAAAUUCGUUUCUUAUUCCUCUUUUUUUUAACGUAAUUAUAGCGAUAUCUUUUUUUAGUUUGCUUGGUAAAUAGAUAAUAGCGUCGCAAUAAUUUUUUUCUUAUACGUUGAUUAAAACAAUUGAUGAGUGGUAUGAGAAUAAUUGUGUUUCUGAGAGAGGACUGAUAUAUAUACGGUGGGGUGAUUAAAACGCAGCGAACAGUAAAAUCCUCUUUUUCCCCAUAUUAUAGAUAUAUAUAUAUAUAUAUAUAUAUAUAUAUAUAUAUAGUAAUUU